AUGCAGUCAGAGUCAGUAAGACAGAAGGCUAUCAGAUAUAUUAAUGAACUAUAGACAGAAGACGAUGAUUAGUUUCUUCCAUAUAAAUAAGAAAGAGAUCAUGUUGGAUUAUUAUUGAAUACCAAUAGAAAAUCAAAAUCUACCAACUAAUUGAACACCAGGGCUAGAAUCAAACAUAUUUAUAGUUUGGCUUCAAUCACAAAACAAUAACCGUCUUAAUCAACUAAAUAAAAUGCUGUUUCUAACCAUAAAAAAGAAAGCAGUGCUCAUAAUUUAGAUUUAUCCCUUCUUGUCAACUUAUAACCUCCAUCAACAGAAGAACAAGCCAAAGCUAAGCAAUAUAAAGAGAUGAUGGAAAAGAAAGCUCUUUUAGAAAUGUAUGAGAAGAAAAAAGAUAGUAAAGCUAUGAGUCCUGUUUUAGAACAGAUGAUUGAAAAACUCAAUUCAAGUAUAACGCAAGAUAAAUUUAUUUGGAAGAUGAGCAAUGUGGACAAGGGUAAGAAUCUUGGCUAUUUGUUUCAUGAAUCAAAAUUAAGAAAACACAAUCACAAAAUUUAGAAGUUGCAGCCAUCUCUCCCUAAUUAUGAACCAAAUUACUAAGCGAUACUACCGAAAUCAAUAUCAAUUCUUAUUAAACCUAGUGAGAAACCUUCUUAUUCUCAACAAAUCUAAGAAUUUAUAAGAAAAAACCAGUUAGAUAAGGAAUCAUCUAAACAACCCUAGACUACAAUUUCUAAAAAGGAUAAUACUCUUGAAAAAAUGUAUAGCGUCAUAUAGAAUCAAAUUACAAGAGAGGUUAACUAAUCGCUUAUAUCAAAUCCUCAAUCGAUGAAUCCGUUGGAAGAGUUUAGUGCUAAACCUAUUGAGGAUACUUAUAUUCAACAAUUUCAUUUGCAAGUAAAAUAAAAAAUGAAGGAAACCAAUAGGGCCAGGAAGAAUAUACAGAAUAAAAUACAAGAGUUUGAUUCUUAUUUAUAGAAACAUAAUUGA